AGAGAGAGGAAGAAGCAGAGCAAGAGUGAGAGAAAGAAAGGCAAUAUGGUUACUCAGCCCUUUUUCCGAAAUCUGUUUUUGCUUUUAGGGAUAGGAUAUGGAUAUAGUACUCCACACAGCCCCACCAAGUUUGCCUCUCCUCCACUACAGCCACUGAGCAGGUGACUGAGGCACUGUUGAUCCAGGGUCAUAUCCUUACUCGCCCUAGAAUGUAAGCUCAGGCAGGGCAGAGGCCAUGCCUGACUUGCGCAGCCCAAUGCUUCACACAGCCUAGGUGUCUAGCACAUGGUAGAUGCUCGGUAAAUAUUUGCUGAAUGAAAGAUCAAAUGAAUGAUUGCAGCAAGCGUCUUGUAGGCGUCCUGGAGCCCAAGGAUUCUGCAGUAGGCAGCUUUCACAGAGGUUCUUCCAGUGCAGUGGCUCCAGCUCUGGGUGGAGUGGGAUCAUCAAUGUCGGCCCCCAGGGUUCACAGCUGUUCUGAACCCCGCCCCCAGGUGGCAGGGCAGCCGUCAGUCACGUGCUGGCGGCUGGCCAAUCAUCGGGGGCGGCGCGGGGAGGGGCGGUGUAGACGGAGAAAGUGAAGGGUGAGGCACUGCCCUGUAGAUUUUCCAGCGGAUCCCCGGUGGCCUCAUGUCGCGCAGCGGAACCGAUCCUGAGCAGCGCCAGCAGGCGUCAGAGGCGGACGCCGCAGCAGCAACCUUCCGGGCAAGCGACCAUCAGCAUAUACGCUACAACCCGCUGCAGGAUGAGUGGGUGCUGGUGUCAGCUCACCGCAUGAAGCGGCCCUGGCAGGGUCAAGUGGAGCCCCAGCUUCUGAAGACAGUGCCCCGCCAUGACCCCCUCAACCCUCUGUGUCCCGGGGCCACCCGAGCCAAUGGAGAGGUGAAUCCCCACUACGAUAGCACCUUCCUGUUUGACAACGACUUCCCAGCUCUGCAGCCUGAUGCCCCCAGUCCAGGACCCAGUGAUCAUCCCCUUUUCCAAGCAAAGGCUGCACGAGGAGUCUGUAAGGUCAUGUGCUUCCACCCCUGGUCGGAUGUAACGCUGCCACUCAUGUCGGUCCCUGAGAUCCGGGCUGUUGUUGAUGCAUGGGCCUCAGUCACAGAGGAGCUGGGUGCCCAGUACCCUUGGGUGCAGAUCUUUGAAAACAAAGGUGCCAUGAUGGGCUGUUCCAACCCCCAUCCCCACUGCCAGGUGUGGGCCAGCAGUUUCCUGCCAGAUAUUGCCCAGCGUGAGGAGCGAUCUCAGCAGACCUAUAAGAGUCAGCACGGAGAGCCCCUGCUAAUGGAGUAUAGCCGCCAGGAGCUACUCAGGAAGGAACGUCUGGUCCUAACCAGUGAGCACUGGUUAGUACUGGUCCCCUUCUGGGCAACAUGGCCCUACCAGACACUGCUGCUGCCCCGUCGGCAUGUGCAGCGGCUACCUGAGCUGACCCCUGCUGAGCGUGAUGAUCUAGCCUCCAUCAUGAAGAAGCUCUUGACCAAGUACGACAACCUCUUUGAGACGUCCUUUCCCUACUCCAUGGGCUGGCAUGGGGCUCCCACAGGAUCCGAGGCCGGGGCCAACUGGGACCACUGGCAGCUGCACGCUCAUUACUACCCUCCGCUCCUGCGCUCUGCCACUGUCCGGAAAUUCAUGGUUGGCUACGAAAUGCUUGCUCAGGCUCAGAGGGACCUCACCCCUGAGCAGGCUGCGGAGAGACUAAGGGCACUUCCUGAUGUUCAUUACAGCCUGGGGCAGAAGGACAGGGAGACAGCAACCAUCGCCUGACCAUGCCGACCACAGGGCCUUGAGUCCUUUUUUUUUUUUUUUUUCCAACAGUCUUGCUGAAUUAAGCAGAAAGGGCCUUGAAUCCUGGCCUGGAAUUUGGGCAGAUAUAGCAUUAAUAAAACUGUGCAUCUCAAACUUUAAUCACA